UUCCUAGCUACGGGCGGAGCCGCAGUUCCCCAAAGCGAUUCGCCUUACUUGGAGUGGAGAGCGCCCUGCUUCCCCUUUCUGCAACCCCCCUCUUCCACCGGGCGCCUUGUCCCGGAGCGCCUGCGCACUCGGAAGGAGGCGCUCCCUUUGGGAUCCGACGACCGGGAGGCGGCACCUUAGUAGGGCGUGUACCUAGAAGUGGGGAGCUCGUCUGUCUUGCUGAGCCAGCGCCCCGGUUCCCUCAGUGGCUCUUGACGCUUAAUCAUGUCCAAGUCAUUGAAAAAAAUUGUGGAGGAGAGUAGGGAGAAGAACAUCUUGGAGGUGGACAUGUGUGAUCGAGGCAUCUCUAGCAUGCUGGACAUACCCAGCUUGUUCACGCUGUCUCACAUCACGCAGCUGGUCCUCAGUCACAACAAGCUCACAACUGUGCCUCCAAACGUUGCAGACUUAAGGAAUUUAGAAGUACUCAACUUUUUCAACAAUCAGAUUGAGGAGCUGCCUACUCAGAUUAGUAGCCUCCAGAAGCUGAAGCAUUUGAACCUGGGGAUGAACAGGCUCAACUCCUUGCCACGAGGAUUUGGCUCCUUACCAGCUUUGGAAGUUCUUGAUUUAACUUACAAUAACUUAAAUGAAAAUUCCCUGCCCGGAAACUUCUUCUAUCUAACCACCCUGCGUGCACUCUAUCUAAGUGACAACGAUUUUGAAAUCCUGCCACCAGAUAUUGGGAAGCUCACAAAGUUGCAGAUACUUAGCCUUAGGGAUAAUGACCUGAUAUCACUCCCUAAAGAAAUUGGUGAACUUACUCAGCUUAAAGAACUUCAUAUCCAGGGGAACCGUCUUACUGUGCUGCCUCCUGAACUAGGUAACUUGGAUUUGACCGGUCAAAAGCAAGUUUUCAAAGCGGAGAAUAAUCCCUGGGUCACCCCUAUUGCAGAUCAGUUCCAGCUGGGUGUUUCUCAUGUGUUUGAAUAUAUUCGGUCAGAAACAUACAAAUACCUUUAUGGCAGGCACAUGCAGGCUAACCCUGAACCACCAAAGAAGAACAACGACAAGUCCAAGAAGAUCAGCCGGAAGCCUUUAGCUGCCAAGAACAAAUAAAGCAUUUGUAUAAGCCAUUCCUCUUAUUUUAUUUUAUGCAUGUCUGUUUGUUUGUUUGUUUGUUUGUUUGUUUGUUUGUUUACUGGUUAUUUGCCAGAAGAAAUUGUUGUUUUAUAAAAUGAGAGCAAGACUACCUUUUUAUAUCUACAGCUACUCACAAAGUAUAAACUGCAUUGUUUAAGUAAUCCACUCUUAUAAUUAUUACCACUUACUGCUUAAAUCGUUUAAUCUACUGUAAACCACUUUAUUAACUCUGAAAUCAUGUAUGAGAUGUACUUUUGGCUUAACUAAUUCACCCAGCUGAGUACACUUUCUUUCAGCACCAGGCCAUGUGUAAUUCAUAUUUUAUGUAAUACUCCAAAUUUGUUAAUAAAACCAUUUU